AGAUAGCAAGGUGAAAAUGAAGUGAAGUGGGAGUGGCAAGCUGCUGAAAGAUAAGAAAAAGUUGCUCUAGUGAGCAGAUCAAGAACAGGAAAGAAGAAGCAGUUGAGAGAUAAGUUAAGCUCUCAGAAAACCCUAUGAUGCUCCGGGAACCAGUUUGACCUCAAAGUGGAAUCUAAGGUGACCAUGGAUAACAGAUACAAACCUGAUGCUUCAGCCAGGAUCAGAAAACUCUACAGACUGGCUGGUGUGAGCCUUGGACUCCUGUUUAUCCUACAGGCUGCUUUGAACAUUUCCCUGCGUCUUACUUUCCAUGCAAAGACGUCAGAUUCUGAGACCAUGAUCAAAAACCUGACUGAAGAGAGCGAUGAGAUGAAGAGGAAGCUGAAUAUUUCUGAUGCAAGGACAGCACAUUUUAAGGCCAUGAUCAAAAACCUGACUGAAGAGAGAGAGGAGCUGAAGAGGAAGCUGAAUAUUUUUGAUAACUACAUCCAGCAAAGAUGGGUGUAUUUCAAACACAGUUUCUACUACAUUUCUUCUACAACAAAAUCUUGGCCAAACAGUAGAAAUGACUGCCUGCAAAGAGGUGCAGACCUGGUGAUUAUCAACAGCAAAGAGGAACAGGAAUUCAUGAGACGAUUCAAACAGCGCACAUGGAUUGGACUGACUGACAGAGAGACAGAGGGGACGUGGAGAUGGGUGGAUGGGACUUUGCUGAGCACAAGCUACUGGGACACUGGGGAGCCCAACAAUCACAACAAUGAAGACUGUGGAGAAAUAAAGCUCUAUGACAAGGAAAACAGCUGGAAUGAUGAAUCAUGUGCGUUACAAAACCUCUGGAUCUGUGAAAAAAUGAUUAAUUGAACUGCACAGAUACAAACAAACUGUUGUGCCUUGACAAGCCUUUUUCAUAGGAGACAUUUUGAUGUUACCGUUAUAAUAGUGAAGCUACAAAGAAUAAAAUUAGUGAUGGCUUAACUCCACUUAGCUGCAUUAAUUUUGUUAAAUAUUGUUAAUGCUGGAUUUGGUUUUUAAAUAGCAUGGGGUGUAAGAGAUACAGGUACUAUAUCAGCAGUGCCAUAUGUUUUCAUUUAUAUACUGUAGCUUCUGUAAGUCUAUUGUUGCUGUUCUGACUAUUUUGUGUUCAAGUUCACAAUUUGUUAUAAAUAAUGCAUUACAUCCACUUUAUGAAACAGCCUGGGUUUGAUUUUGUGUUUGAAUAAACAAGUCUGUCUUACACACA